UGAAAACCAUGCUGGGAGUUUACUGGAGUACCACCCUUGCCAUCUGUGUCACACUGGCAGGUGUCACUGGUGAUAAGAUCAUUGAUGGGAAAGAAGUGAAACCUCACAGCCGACCCUACAUGGCCUUCUUGCAUAUAGGAAAGGGUGAUUUGAUAUGUGGUGGUUUCCUCAUUCACCCAAACUUCAUUCUGACAGCAGCUCACUGCCAGAGUCAGAAUAUUAAUGUUCUUCUGGGAGCUCAUGAUUUCUCAAAAAAUGAGAAGUCCCAACAGGUGAUACCAGUAGAGACAAUCAUCCCCCAUAAAUGUUUUGACAAUUUAACCCUAGCCAAUGACAUCAUGCUUUUAAAGCUGAAGAACAGGGCCAAUAUCACACAUGCAGUGAAGACCAUCAGAAUUCCGAAGAGAGAUGAAGACUUCAGCGUUUGUAAAUGCUCGGUGGCAGGAUGGGGAGACACUAAAACCAAUGGGAACAGCAACAGUGUGCUGAGAGAGGUGAAGGUCCGGGUAGACUUUCUAUCUACUACUCACAUCUUUGAAAGAGGCCCCGGAAUAGUUGGCGCCUGUUAUGGAGAUUCAGGAGGACCUCUGGCUUGUCACGGCAUUUUGAAUAUGCCGACAGCUGUGGGGAUUGUGUCUUAUGCUUUAAAAGGAUGUGACGAUCCACAAAGUAUUGCCUAUGUAAGGGUGUCUGCAUACUGGGACUGGAUCCAAAUGACAAUCAAGAAAUACUCUACUGCUUAAUGUCUCUGCCAAAGCCAGUAUGACCCAAUAAGCCAGCUGAGAUCCUGUGUCUUGAUCCAGCACCACAGUCACUCACAGGCAGAGAGUGAAGAAUGCUGGGUAGGUUUGCCACUGUCCUUAAAUCAUCCUUACCAGCACAUCAUAACUGCUUUUCUGCUUCAAUAAA